CCAUUGCGUGUGGUGUACUCUUUGACAAGCAUUCUGCCAAUAGGCGCAAUUAUGUCUGAAGACAGAAUGAAUCUGAGUUGUGAUUGUUGCUGGCUGAAACCAUGGGCGUUCUAUGCGGAGGGCAGCACCAGAUUCUGGGUCCACUAUGGCCUGGUCAUAUUUGGGUUUGUGUUGGCAGGCAUCACAGCCUGUGUCCAGUGCUGUAAACCUGCUCCCUAUGGCAGGCAUGAGGGUGAGGAUGGAGGAUUGGUUCCCAAGAUUCCUCUGCGUCUGAGUCACAUGAUGUCGGAUGCGUUGCCUGGUGUUGUCAUGUUUUUGUUGGUGUUCUUCCUGUAUGGUUCUGUGAGGUCCUACCAGAACUACGUGUUCCUGGUGCUGUUCCUGCUUCACUAUGUCCACAGGGGCAUCAUCCACCCCCUGGUGAUGAGGUACAAGAGCUCGUGGGUGUACAUAGGAAUAGCCAUUGGUGGAUUUAUACCCAACUGCAUUUAUCAUUUCAUCAAUGCUGAUUUCAUUAGCUCUGCCACUUAUGCAAGUCAUUAUUACUAUGAUCCCCGGUUUAUUUUGGGCAUUAUUUUAUACCUUGUCGGCUUCGUCAUAAACAGAUGGGCAGACUGGAAACUCCGCUCCCUGAGGAACACCAAGGGAGUACCUGACGGAGGGUCAGAUUACAACAUUCCCUACGGAGGACUGUUUGAGCUGGUCAGCUGCCCCAACUACUUCGGGGAACUUGUGGAGUGGACAGGAUGGUGCAUAGCAACGUGGUCUCUAGCUGGACUGGUGUGGCUGCUGUUUUGUGCUGCAACGUUUGUACCACGGUCCAGACAUAAUCAUCUUUGGUACAAGCAGCAGUUUGAGCUGUAUCCGCCCAACAGGAAGGCGUUGAUACCAUUCUUGUUCUGAUGCUCAUGGAGGGAAGGACCAAUGUAGGGAUGGGUAGACUUGACCUUACUCUGUGCCACAUUUACCUUUGACGGCUUGACCUUCUAUGUGGUCACUUUGAUAUUUGUCCUGGGUCAGCUUGACCUGUGCUAUGUGUCACAUGUGUAAACCUGUUAAGGAUUGACAGCUUGACCUUCUAUGUGGUCACUUUGAUAUUUGUCCUGGGUCAGCUUGACCUGUGCUAUGUGUCACAUGUGUAAACCUGUUAAGGAUUGACAGCUUGACCUACUGUGUGGUCACUUUGAUAUUUGUCCUAGGUCACCUUGACCUGUGCUAUGUGUCCCAUGUGUAAACCUGUUAAGGAUUGACAGCUUGACCUUCUAUGUGGUCACUUUGAUAUUUGUCCUGGGUCAGCUUGACCUGUGCUAUGUGUCACAUGUGUAAACCUGUUGAGGAUUGACAGCUUGACCUACUGUGUGGUCACUUUGAUAUUUGUCCUGGGUCAGCUUGACCUGUGCUAUGUGUCACAUGUGGAAACCUGUUAAGGAUUGACAGCUUGACCUACUGUGUGGUCACUUUGAUAUUUGUCCUGGGUCAGCUUGACCUGUGCUAAGUGUCACAUGUGUAAACCUGUUAAGGAUUGACAGCUUGACCUACUGUGUGGUCACUUUGAUAUUUGUCCUGGGUCACCUUGACCUGUGCUAUGUGUCACAUGUGUAAACCUGUUAAGGAUUGACGGCUUGAUCUACUGUGUGGUCACUUUGAUAUUUGUCCUGGGUCAGCUUGACCUGUGCUAUGUGUCACAUGUGGAAACCUGUUAAGGAUUGACAGCUUGACCUACUGUGUGGUCACUUUGAUAUUUGUCCUGGGUCACCUUGACCUGUGCUAUGUGUCUGUAUGUCAAUGAAAGUGUAUCAAUAACAUAUUUAUAACAUGCAUUUACAAAGUAGACACAAUUUAUGGAUAACAACUUCUUUAUUUACUGUAAAGGCAACGUUUCAGUAUAGAUCCUUUUUCCGUUGCAUUUACUUACGUUUUGUAUUUCACAUCAUUUAUUGAACAUAACUUGAUUCAAGAUUGUUGACUUGAUUCAAGAUGUCUGACAUUUGGAAUGCUUAUAAUGAACUUUGGUUAUAAUGAACUUAAAUAAGUGGUGUCUUAGAGUUUGUUAUAACCAUACUGUAUAUCAUAUACAAGACCUCUAAACAUGGAGUGUGUGACUUAUCUUCCCGAGGCAAGGGAGUUAACGGACUAUGAAAGUCCAGUCUCCACCCUUGCCGAACAAGGCUGGAAUUAUGGAGUUAUACUUCGGCUGGAAUAACAAGUCAAUCGCGUAGCGAAAUCAACAUCCGGUUUGUUAAUUUCCAUGCAGAUUUCUAUCGAUUGCAGAAUUUGCAAUGCAUCUGUACUGUCAACUUAGCGUCAACAAAUAUUUUCCAAAUCUUUGCAUGUUUUUAAUCAAGGUGCUCACGUGAUUUGAUGCACUUCACCAAGUUAGACCCAUAUAU